GACCCCUUCGACACCCUCCUGACUCUAGAAGACACUCUGUACACUGCAGCCUACGACCUCGGUGUUGCAGACGGCGCCCACGCCGGUCGUAUCGAAGGCCGAAUCUUUGGACUUGAAAAAGGGUUUGAGAAGUUUGCCGCUCUUGGCGAACUGCAUGGGAGGAGCGUAGUAUGGAGUUCGCGGCUCCCCGGCCUCACCUCUGAGCCGAACACAAGCAAUGUUCAAAUCACCAAGCCAGAGGACGGAGGAGCUGAUAAGAAAGAGAGCCAAGAGAGAAUACUACUGCUUCCAAAGAAUGAAAGGCUAAAGAACAACGUUACGCUGCUGCAUUCUUUGACGGACCCAGAGACUUUUGACACGGCAAACACUGAAGAAGCAGUUGCUGACUUUGACGAUCGGUUCAAGAGGGCUGGAGCCAAGGCAAAAGUCAUUGAGCGCAUUGUUGGCGAAACCGAUACCACUGUGGCGUCAAAGUCACCUGACGGUUCACCCGCCAGAGCAAAGAGCGGGGGACCCGUGCGCAUUACAGGACAGACAAAGAAAGGCAGCGGAAACAAAGGCGAUGACAGUAUCGAGGACUUUGCGGGGUCGAAGCUGUUGAGGUGA